AUGACCAAAGCGAAACGUCGCGUCGGCCGGCCAAAAUCUACGGCGGCGGCGCCACCUGGUUCAACGGGAGCUAAGACUGACAACCAUGAGGCACGUGAACAACCGGAAAUCCCAAUGUUGGAAAAGGAAGCUGUCAUUGAGACGACGAUGAAAGGAGGAAAAUCGACGGAAACUACAAAACCCCCGGUUCAGGAGAAGGGGACGACAAAGCCGUGGGUGGAAAUCCUUCAAGGGAAUCGGAAUCUGAAUCGGGGUAUGCAGGUGGAAUUUGUAGCAACUCAAUUCUUUGAAGGUAAUGAGAAGGUCAUCAUUGAAGCUGAGGAUGUAGCGGAGGAACUGAACUAUUGGGAAAACGCGAUAAUCCUCUUUGCACUGGGGGAAACCUUAUCGAUGCACGCGGUGAAGAAUUUUAUGGAGAAGUCCUGGAAUUUUGUAGCGAUGCCAGAGUUGUAUUUCAAUGAAUCAGGUUAUUUUGUUGUUCGAUUCAAGAGUCAUGAAGAUAUGAGUCAAGUGAUGGAGCAAGGACCGUAUUUCAUUUAUGGUAAGCCGUUGUUUCUCAAAUACUGGACUAUUGAUUUUGAACUGAAAGCAGAUCUUCUUCGUGUUCUUCCCCUAUGGAUUACGCUGCCAAAUCUUCCACUCCAUCUAUGGGGGAAGAAGAGCAUUUCAAAAAUCACUAGCGCUAUUGGGAUGCCAAUUACUACUGACGAGUGCACUGCCAGGAAAUUGAGAAUCUCUUAUGCGAGGGUGUUAGUUGAAGUUGAUAUAACUAAACCGGCAAAGGAAAGUGUCACCAUUAAGGAUCACAAUGGUAGGGAAUGGGUACAACGUGUUGAGUACGAAUGGCGACCUAAGUAUUGUCAUCAGUGUCUGAAAAUAGGGCAUGAUUGUGAGGCCAAGAAGGCAGGAGGACAACCAAUCCCUCUCCAGAAAGUGUGGCAGCCAAGAAAGAAACCACCUGAGGUUGUGAGCGAAGGGAAACAACUUGAGAGUAUCAUUGAAGGUCCAGAGAUGGAAGGCAUCAGUACUGAGACACCUAAGGAGCCAUGGCAAGUAGUUGGCUCAAGCAAGUCAGACAAGGCAAAGAAGAAAAUUGUGUUCACACCUGAGUUAAUGGCAGUGCAGAAUGUUUUUACCCCCCUUGGAAUUGGAGUUGUUCUAGGGGAGGGAAGCAGCGGGUGUAAAUGA